GCAGGGACAAUGGAGGAGAAGGAAUGCCAGAAACUUGAGCUGUGCCUGGCUUUCUCAACAGACAGCAGGCAGAUGAAGGACCAGACAAAGCCCACUUUGCACGUAACAUCACUAGACGAUGCAGAAUGUCUCCAAACUAAAGAGCGCCUUUCGACCCCGAACAGUCACACUUCUUCUAAUUCAAAGUCCACUCGCAACAUCCCCCGAAGACAUACAGUAGGUGGCCCUCGCAGUUCCAAAGAAAUACUAGGAAUGCAAACCUCGGAAAUGGACAGGAAGAGAGAGGCUUUUCUUGAGCAUCUGAAACAGAAGUAUCCCCACCAUGCUACAGCAAUAAUGGGACAUCAGGAGAGACUGAGAGAUCAGGCAGUUGGCAUGGUGUCUGUCGCUGGAGAAUUCAGACGAAAACGUGUGAUAGAAACAGCAUCAAAAGCUUUCUGGAAAUCGGUGGAGAACUUCUCCCUGCUGGACAUUGCGGAAGGGUGGGCUGGGAUGGAGCGAGGAGACAUAGAUCCCAAAACGCUUUUCUUGGCCCCAUCGGCACUGGUGUCGAUGUCAAUGAUGGCCUAA